UGAAGAGCCAAGCUGGAAGGCACACUGAGCCACCAGUCUGCAGAGCCACCCUGCCGCCCAUUCUCUUACUGUAGCCAGAAGAGCAGACCCAGCAGCUCUGGAAAAGGAAGGCCCAACUUUCCUAUGGAAUGAACUCAGCAGGCAGCUGCAGCCUUGAGGACAGAGCUGGUUUGCUCGUUGCUAUCAGCAUAAAGGACUGCUGGAGACCCUGGAUAGACGCUACCUUGAUCUCCCAGAGACUGGAGAGUCCCACCUGGGAUCCUUAUCUGUGAACUUUCAGCUAAGGCACAUCUAUCAGCCAUGGCCAGCGCCCAGGUACCUUUCUCCUUCCCUCUGGCCCACUUCCUCAUCUUUGUCUUUGUGACUUCCACCAUCAUCCACCUCCAACAACGAAUAGUGAAGCUCCAACUCCUGUCAGAGAAGGAAUUACAGACGAUUCAAAUGUCCUCGCCAAACACCACAAGCACAGAGAAGCAGCUGAGUGGCGAGCUGCAGGGCAUGUUCACGAUCAAUUCCAUUGGCCGCCUGGGGAACCAGAUGGGCGAAUAUGCUACAUUGUUUGCACUGGCCAGGAUGAACGGUCGACUUGCCUUCAUCCCCGAAUCCAUGCACAAUACUCUAGCCCCCAUCUUCAGGAUCAGCCUCCCGGUGUUGCACAGCCACACAGCCAGAAGGAUCCCAUGGCAGAAUUACCAUCUCAACGACUGGAUGGAGGAGCGCUACCGCCACAUCCCCGGACACUAUGUGCGCUUCACAGGGUACCCGUGCUCCUGGACCUUCUACCACCACCUUCGCCCAGAGAUCCUGAAGGAGUUCACCCUGCACGACCACGUGCGUGAGGAGGCCCAGGCCUUCCUGCGAAGUCUGCGGGUGAAUGGAAGCCAGCCGAGUACCUUUGUGGGUGUUCAUGUGCGCCGAGGGGACUAUGUGCGUGUCAUGCCUAAGGUGUGGAAGGGCGUGGUGGCUGACCGGGGUUACCUGGAAAAGGCCCUGGACAGGUUCCGAGCACGCUAUUCAUCUCCAGUUUUUGUGGUCACAAGCAACGGUAUGGCCUGGUGCCGGGAGAACAUCAACGCCUCCAGAGGGGACGUGGUGUUUGCAGGCAACGGUAUUGAGGGCUCACCAGCCAAAGACUUCGCACUCCUCACCCAGUGCAACCACACCAUCAUGACUAUUGGAACCUUUGGGAUUUGGGCUGCCUACCUGGCAGGUGGUGAUACCAUCUACCUAGCCAACUACACCCUUCCGAACUCUCCAUUCCUCAAAAUCUUUAAGCCAGAGGCAGCCUUCCUACCGGAGUGGGUGGGCAUUCCUGCAGAUCUGUCCCCACUCCUUAAGCACUAACACCAGCCUGUCCUUGGUCCCACUUCUACCUCAAGGCAGCAGAAGUUACUUGUUACAUCCCAGGAAGAGCCUUCUACUGGGAAGAUGUGAGCAUUGGGCUGCCAACGAGAAGUACUAACACGCUCAGAAAACCUAUUUACAUGUUAGAUACCGCCAGCUCCAACAUUCAUUAACAGUUCAGACAUCAUCAAUGGCCCCUGCUCCUGAAAACUCCUUGCCAGCCUUCACCUUUUCUCAGCAGAGCUGUCACAUGGCGCCAGAAGAGCUGCCACUCGCAGACAGCCACUUCCAGAGGCAGCAAGAAAAGGUGCAUUGUCGUCUUUACUUUAGGGUCCUUUUGAUGGGUGAGACAAACUUACAUUUGUCAACUUUUUGUCAUUAGCAUUUCCAUGGUGGGGCAGCAUGUGACAGGGCAGCAGUCAUAUAGGAAGUCUGAGAAAGGAGAGGAGGCCGGCUUGCUCUUUUUGUAGCAACUGCCUUUCACCAACAGACUGGAGUCUGCUGAGAACUGUGAACCCCUUUAAAGGUGGUGCCUUCGGUGACCUAGGAACUUCUCAUAGUCUGUUAAAAUUCUAUUUUUUAAAUUAUGGAUAUAUGUGUGGGUGUGUGCAGUACCUUCAGAGGCCUGACCUGGGUGUUGGGUUCCUGGAACUGGAGUCAUAAGCAGCUGGCUCUGCCUCUCAAAGGCCUCACCAUCAGCACACAGAGGACAAAAGGCCAGUCUGGUGAAAGCCAUACCUCUCCAAGCAUCCAACUAGCUCCUCUGUCCCCUUGAUUAGAGUUGUGUCACCGUGUGCCCACUUGGCUCACUAUGAGUCAAGGGGAAGGAGAAUGCUGGAAUUGGUUUAGCCUGGGGUCCAAAGUCAGAGUUAUUCACUGCACAAGGGCACUUGAUCAAAAGGAUGUGGGUGCUACCAUGAGCCCACAGCCCCCUCAGCAAGUUGCUUAACUUUGGGGCUCGGUCCACGAAGGGCUCCUUCUUCGCCUACUCUGUCCAUCUGAGAAGAGCUGUGUGAGCGGACUUCAGAUACACGUCCACCUCUGCAGCCCUGGCGGGAUACCCCAGGCCUAGGGAACUCCUCCAGAUGUUUCAGAGUGUCUUACCAUCUUGUUACACUUCACAUGUGAGCACACACCAUGCUAUUCCUCUCAAAGUUAAAGAAUACAACCUACAUAGCCACCAUCAUGAAAACAGCCAGGGGAUCUGGCUAGGGUGGGGUGGGUGUGGGGUGGGGGGGCAGCCUUGAAAAGGUGUUAUCUCGGGGCAGCAGAAUCCCAAGGUAUCUCUCCAGACACCCUGCUAAGUUAGGGGUGCUGAUCCUGUGCGUGAGAAGAAGCACAUGCCUUUCACCCUUGCACUGUGAAGGCUAAGCCAGGAGGCCAGCCUGGUCUAUAUCCUGAGACCCUGUCUCAAAAAAGAAAAUUCUCAAACUGGGUGUAGCGGUGCACAUCAGGAGUCCCAGCAUUAGGUGAGUGCAGAAAGAUCAGGAGUUGGAAGUCAUCCACAGCUACACAGGGAAUGCAGACCAGUUUGAGGUGUAUGAGGACCCCAUACCCCACCCCCAAAACAGAAAGAAAAUUACAAAAUCUAAGCUCGGCAGUGGUGGCAUACACUUAGGAGGCAGAGGCCGGUAGAUAUUUGAGUUUGAGGCUACUAGCCUGAGAUACACAGAAAUCCUAUGUCAACCUCCCCCCACACACACUUUUUUUUUCAAAACCCGAAGCAAAUAAAAAUGUGUUUCUCCAUCAUAA